AUGGGCAGCGCCGACGUCUGGUGGUCGCACGUGCCGGUCGUCGGCCGCGCGGUCCGAUUCGCCGUGCUUUUGAUCGUCCUUCGUCUCGCCGAUUUCAUGACGGCGGUGACGUGCGCCGACGACGACAGACACCAGCAACACCUUCAGCAGCAGCAGCACGUCCAUCUCACUGAACUGGGACGUAACAUAAUCAAAGGGUUGAAACUGGAAAAGUUACCGGACAUGACCAAGGUGGACAUCAGCAACGAAGAAUUCCACUGCAAGUAUUUGGAAUAUUUCCGGCGAUUGUAUGAGGAUGAAUCAGAAUUUUACGAUCCCGACGACAACGAUGAUGUAACAAUGGCAGCGGGUUAUGAUAAUGACGAUCACGACGUAUCCGCGAUACUAGUACGGGGCCGAGUGAAACACUUCGGCGGCAAUAACAGAGACGACGAAUCUCCGCGGCUGCCGACAGAUGAUGAUGGAAAUGUGAUGCAGAGCACUGCGACGAUCACGUUCCCGAUUGAUGAGACGAUGGUGCGCGGCAGCGGCGGACGCGUGACAGUCAUAAAAUCGGUGGCGCGAAUCUAUGCGGACGCCCCUCAUGUACGGGUCCAAGUGUACGGCCGCCUGCUAAAGUCAGCCGUUGCCGUAUCAAGGGAAACCCCGUCUCUUGUCGCCGACCUCACGAGCGGUGGCGGUGGACGGUGGAUGGACGUGGACGUCACUCGACUGUUGCGGCCGCGGAAACAUCACCACGGUGGUGAUGCGACAGCCACGUCCUUGGAACUGUCGUUGCGGUAUUCAGCAACGGCUGCCGGAUCGAUCCAUUUUGGAAACGAAACGGACACCGAUGACAGCCGACAUCCUGUUUUGCACGCUUUCAUGGACGGGGCGGUGGAUGGCGGCGCUCUUUCGGCGACCGUGGCCGUCCGAUGCUCCGGCGAAACGAAUCGGAAAAAACGAGACGGUGGCGGUAGUCGCGGUCGUGGUAAAAAACGUCGUCGGCCAGCCUCGUCUGGCCUCGUCCGUCGGACCGACUGCAAAGUCGAAACGUCGGUGGCUGCGGGCAACGACAACGGGACCGAGCAUGGCGGCGGCGGUGGGAACAAAUGUUGCCGGGAACAGAUGCGUGUCGUUUUCGCCGACAUUCCGGGCUUCGAUUUUAUCGUCGAGCCCAAGUGGUUCGAUGCUGGCCUUUGUCGGGGACGGUGCCCGGCAAAGUACAAUCCGGCCACCCGGCACGCAUUCAUCCAGAGCCUGUUGUGGAAACAGCACAACAACCGACGUGGGGGAGUCACCGGUGGGGAGAGGCGGUCUCGGAGAAAGGUCCGCCACGGCGGUGGUAGCGUGGUGGCAGCCACGACAAAGGCCCCUCAGCCUCCACCCAAACCGUGUUGCGCUCCCAGAAAACUCGACCGGUUGCAGAUUAUUCACGUUGACGAGUUGGACCCGAGCUCGCUGAAGGUGACCACGUGGAAAGAAAUGGCUGUCGUGGAAUGUGCUUGUUCGUGA